UAAAUGUUGUCUGUCAAUGUUGAUAACGUUUUAGCUGCGCCCAGUACCCCUACAAUUUCUAGUCCGACUGUCAAUACGAUUAAAGAGGGCCCUGUGAACUUCACCUGUGAAACUGUUGGUGGAAGCCCUACCCCAACUGUCAAGUGGUACAAGAACAAUGUACUUGUGGACCAAACAUACUUUACGGAUUCCUCGUCAGGUGUCUCUGUCAGUAAAAAUGUUUACAGCACAAAUAUUCAAUUCAGUGACAAAAAUACUGCGUUCAGAUGUGAAGUGGAGAAUUCAGCCACUACGACACCAUUGACUGUAUCGAAGACGUUCACCGACAUCUAUGUCCCUCCUUCCGAUACCGUGCUUCAGGGAAGCUCCUCUGGAACAGCGAAUGUCAGUCAGUCAUGGACUUGUUUUACAAAUCGGUCGUAUCCAGUUCCCUCCUUCUCAUGGAAGUUAGAUUCCAACUCUAUUUUAUCUGGUAUUUCCACGGCCAUAUCUCAGAACACUGAUACAACUUAUUUUACAAUGAGUAUACUGACAUACACACCAGUAUCGGCAGACAACGGCAAAGUCCUCAUGUGCGAGAUUGAACAUUCGCAAACACUUUCCUCUUCUAUUCAGGAAACAUUAACGCUUCAAAUCGCGGGUAAGAAAAAUCACUUCUUUAAAUCAAGCAAGCCAAUUAUCAAAUUCAUUGAGAAUAUAUAGAUUUUAAAUAAAUUUGACACCCAGUUUGUUUUCAAUUUAAAACUAAAGAAAAUUCCUUAAAGUCAUAGAAUCUACAAUAUUCACAUGAAAAAUAUAUAGACAAGAGAAAUAUAUAUGACCUUAAAAAUACCUUUCAUUGUUUUCCCUCUGAUAAUUCUAAUGGAAAAGAUAAUGAUAAUUGCCAUCCAUCUACUCAAUAUCAUAUAUAGUUACCAACCAAU